CUCUCUCAGAAAUAAAAGCCUCUCUCAGAAAUAAAAGCCACAGAAUCCCACAAAAGAUCAAGAUCCAGUACAGAAGCAAAGACCAAAAAUCAAAACACUAGAAUCUUCCUCUCCUCCACUCUCUCUCUGCUACCGAAUAUAUAACAUCUUUUCAAUGGCCCAAGAUAAUUCCGCGUUGGAGUCACCCCGACGAAGGCCGGGUCUCUUAAGAGAUCAGGUCCAAUUGGUAAAAAGAAAGGACUCUGAUCGGUAUGAAAUCGUUCCGAUCCAAGAGUCACUGUCAUUUGAGAAAGGAUUCUUUAUAGUGAUCCGUACAUGCCAGCUGUUGUCCCAGAAGAAUGAUGGGAUAGUACUGGUAGGGGUUGCGGGCCCGUCUGGUGCUGGGAAGACUGCAUUUACUGAGAAAGUGCUGAAUUUUAUGCCCAGCAUUGCUGUUAUAUCAAUGGACAACUACAACGAUUCUAGUCGUAUCAUCGAUGGCAACUUUGAUGACCCACGCUUGACAGACUAUGACACUUUGCUUGAAAAUAUACAUCAUCUAAAAGAAGGAAAGCCUGCUCAGGUGCCAAUAUAUGAUUUCAAGUCGAGUUGUCGCUCAGGAUACAGGACACUUGAAGUCCCCAGUUCUCGCAUUGUAAUCAUUGAAGGCAUCUAUGCUUUGAGUGAAAAGUUACGACCCUUACUAGACCUUCGAGUAUCCGUGACAGGAGGCGUUCACUUCGACCUUGUGAAAAGGGUCAUGCGAGACAUACAACGUGCUGGUCAAGAACCAGAAGAAAUAAUUCAUCAAAUCUCUGAAACGGUAUACCCAAUGUACAAGGCAUUUAUUGAGCCUGACCUACAAACUGCACAUAUAAAAAUCAUCAACAAGUUCAACCCAUUCACUGGAUUCCAGAAUCCUACAUAUGUUUUAAAGUCGCGAAAGACUCUGACAGUGGAUCAAAUCAAGGCUGUUAUUUCCCAAGAACAUACUGAAACUAUGGAGGAGACUUACGAUAUAUAUCUCCUGCCACCAGGUGAAGAUCCAGAAGCUUGCCAAUCAUAUCUGAGGAUGAGGAACAGGGAUGGGAAAUACAAUCUUAUGUUUGAGGAAUGGGUUACGGACAGUCCCUUCAUUAUAUCUCCAAGAAUCACAUUCGAAGUCAGUGUGCGGCUUCUUGGUGGGCUGAUGGCAUUGGGAUAUACAAUUGCAUCCAUUUUGAAAAGAAGCAGCCAUGUUUUUUCUGAUGAUCGUGUGUGUGUGAAGAUUGAUUGGUUAGAACAGCUGAAUCGCCAUUAUGUUCAGGUGCAAGGAAGAGACCGUCUAGUUGUAAAAUUCAUUGCAGAGGAAUUGGGUCUGGAGGGCUCUUAUGUUCCCCGUACUUAUAUUGAACAGAUUCAGCUUGAGAAGCUUGUAAAUGAUGUUAUGGCACUACCAGAUGAUUUGAAGACAAAGCUCAGCAUUGACGAUGAUAUAGCAUCGAGUCCCAAAGAAGCACUUUCGCGGGCCUCUGCAGGCAUGAUUGCCUUACGAAAUAAGAAUCUUAAGAGUGGUUUAUCCCAUUCUUAUUCAACACAAAGGGAGAAGAAUAUAGCCAAGCUAAGCAAGCUCACUGUUACAAACAGAAGGUUUGAUGGAAGAGCUCUAGAAUCACCCUCAACGCUCACAAACCAGGGAGUUAUCACUCAACUCUCAGAACAGAUAACCACACUCAACGAGAGGAUGGAUGAGUUCACAUCUCGCAUUGAAGAGAUGAAUUCCAAGUUCACUGCCGGGAAAUCUUCUACUAGCCAACAAAACCUGGCGCUGCAAGCUGAUGCCUGCAAUGGUUCUGCACCCAUGGCUCUAAUCAUGCCCAGCUUGGGCAAUGGCACCUUGACUGGAUCCUUGCUACCAAAUUCAUCUUCUUCUUCCCAGUUGGCCAAAGAAUUUCAAUUAAUAGAAGAGGUAACAGUCAUCGCACGAGGUCAACGUCAAAUCAUGCAUCAAUUGGACAACCUUAGCAAUCUUCUCCACGAGCACUUGGGAGAGCUGGCUCGCCAAGGAAGAACAGAUGACAACCGCAGAAUGACGGAUGUUGAUUUUUUCAGAAGCCCUCUUAUUCUCACGCUGGCAAUUGGCGGUAUGAGCAUAUUUCUGCUCAGGUCUCUGUACCGAAGCUGAGUCCUUCCGACAUCAAAACGCCAAAUAUCAGAUGGUUUACCUCUCAUGGGAGAUGCAUGACUGGAGGUUAAUCAUGGGCCCUUCCCUUUUACUUGGACAAGGUAACUGAUCAAUCCCGAUCACCAUUUAAAUUCGAAUUUGACACUGUUGUAACAAAGAUCUAGGAUGUAAAGAUACAGCCCUUGUUUGUUUUUUUUUUUUUUAUAGUUGGACUUCGAAAUUCUCAAAAUUAAAAAUAAGAGGAGGUUUAUGUUGCUUCAAACAUAGUCCUUCCUCUCUUAUGCCUUAUUUUGUAUUUUCGGGCCUGUUUGGGAGCCAGGGAAAUAAAAUCAGAGAAAGUGAAUUGUUUGGAAA